AUGAAGGCAGCAGAGAUCAGAUUGUCUCUACACAGACCUCUACAGCACAGAGAUCCACACAUGGCUCCUACAAUCACUGCAGCAAUGACCAACUCUCAAGAGCAUCUGACUCGGAGCCACAAGCUCAGAAAGCCUCUGGUGGAGAAGUUACGCAGAGAGCGAAUCAACAGCAGCAUCGAGCUGCUCAAGUCUCUCCUGGGUCCAGAGUUCCUCAACCAGCAGCCAGACUCCAAGCUGGAGAAAGCAGACAUCCUGGAGAUGACCGUUUGCUUCAUGACACAGCUGCUGCAGCAGAACCAGCAGCAGAGAAGACUGAUGAAGCACGUCAACAAGCUGCAGUCUUCCUCUGAGGAGAAGCUGAGAGAGGCUGACUUCUCUCCUCUGAGCUCCACAGUCCACAGCAGCAUCACCAAGGACAAGAGUCCAGUCAGCAGCGCCCCCUGGAGGCCGUGGUAGACUCCUACAGACUGGAGUUACCAGCAGACAAACUGGGACGAGCUCAGUGGUCAGAGACGACUGGAAGUGAAUUCCAUGACAUGUAAGGACUUGUUCUUCUGUAUGAACAGAAACAUGUAUUUGUGUGUUGGACGUUUCCUGAGGAAAGAAGCAACAAUAUCUUUCAAGUGAAGAAAGAAAACAUCUUGUCAUGCAUGUUGCAUGAAUCACAUCUGAUUGCAUCAGCAAUUAUUAUCACCCCUCACUGUGUCAGUGAUGUAUCAUCAUAAGGUUUGUUACCUGUUGGUUAACAUUGAUCUUUGCUGUGAAAACAUCUCAAUGUCCUUUUUGUGGACGUGUUUUCAUCAGGAUUUUAACUUUGAAUUUCUCUGUUCAGUCAAAAAUGAUCUGUUUUAAGAUCCAAACGUUUAUUUCAUUUUCUUUAUGAACAAGAACAUCUUGUCAUGCAUGUUGCAUGAAUCACAUCUGACUGCAUCAGCAGUUAUUA